AUGGAUAAAGACUUUGAGUUAGAACAGGUUAUAUCCACUGCUUUAGCCCUAGAAGAUGACUAUACAGAAAUGUCACCUCCCAUGAAGGACCAGAAGAGAAAUUUAAACUCAAGUAAUAUUGGGACUUUGCCUGAUCAUCUUUCUGAUUUGGAAAACCGUGUUCCUCUACAUGAAAUAAACAUUCUGCAACAAACACUACUGGAGCUUUACUCCAACUUGGGGAUUCCACAAGAAACUGCUAGUGACCAAAAAAUCCAAGACGAAAAGAUAAAGAUGACAUCUCCCAACACAUCAGAACCUCAUCUACCUAGUCAUCACUCCAAGGGCAUAAAAAGGUCACUUUUUGUAGAGUAUGAAGAACAAUGUAAAAAGCCCAAAGUUCAGAUUGAUGAUUCCCAGGAAGUUAAUUCAAGCAACAGAUGUAGAAAGAGAACAGUGUUCAACAAGGAGCAGACCCUCUUCCUUCAGAACCAGUUUGACCUUAACCCUUAUCCAGACUUUGUGUCAAGAUGCCGAAUUGCUCAGCUAACCAACAUCCCAGAACCUCGGAUACAGGUUUGGUUCCAGAACAGAAGAGCAAGACACCUGCCCAGGUCCCCCACGUUACAGGACACCCAUGGAAGAGAAUCUACAGGACUGUCCACAAACAUCAAUUCUGUAGGGCUACGCCACCAAGAACAGUGGACUGAUAUUCAGGUACCUCCUAACAAGUGGCUGUUUCCAAACGGAGCUGGCAGGAGAUGCCAAGGACAAUUGUAUCGUUAA